AUGAAUAGAUACGAAGCACAUAUAAAAAAGACAAUGACCCAAAGAAGAUCAGUGACAAAGAAGAAAAAGAAAUCAUCACCUACAUCUUAUACAUGGACUGACCUUUUCAAAAAAUAUACCUAUGAAAUUGCUGUUGGUGUUGCAUCUGGUCUUGGUUUUUAUAUAUUUGAAGUUGUUAAAUUAAAAUGGAAAGGAAAUUAA